CUAUGAAGAAGCCGCUUAAAAACCCUAGAGUCAGAAAUCAAUAUAUUUGUUAGGUUUAGGUUUGGCUGCCUCCUAGUUCACCAUCCGCACCGAAAACAGAGCUAGGGUUCUCUUUCUUCCGCCGCAGUAAUGGUGAACGUGCCUAAGACCAAGAAGACUUAUUGCAAGAGCAAGGAGUGCAGAAAGCACACCUUGCACAAGGUUACACAGUAUAAGAAGGGAAAGGAUAGUUUAGCUGCUCAAGGGAAGCGCCGUUAUGAUCGCAAACAAUCAGGUUAUGGUGGUCAGACCAAACCAGUGUUCCACAAAAAGGCCAAGACCACCAAGAAGAUUGUGCUAAGGCUGCAAUGCCAGGGUUGUAAGCAUGUCUCCCAGCAUCCAAUCAAGAGGUGCAAGCACUUUGAAAUUGGUGGAGACAAGAAGGGGAAGGGAACAUCCCUUUUCUAAUUGUGUUAUUCGUGUCAUAUGUGCUAUGUUGGUUUACUUUACUGCAGUAGUUGGAACUUGGAACUUUAAGGCAGUAUGGAAUUUUUUUAAGUUUGCUUUUUAGUUUUCUGAUGAUGUUUUCAGUGGAUACGGUGUUCUUUAAUACUUAAUGCGAUCGUUUGCUCUUAUUCUUAGCAUUUCUUUCA